AUGGAGCGACUCAUCUUACAGUCCUCCAUUGGGUUUUACUCAUUGCUCCAGGAUGUUCUGGAGCAGCAAGAUCAGGAAUGGAUUGCCAGGGAAGGACGCUUCCGCCCUGGUGGUCGGAUCAGUCUAGAUGAUCUCGGAGACGAUAUCUGGGUAGAACAAUUUCGAUUCCGCCGCCAUGAGAUAUACCUGCUCUCUGAUAUCCUCGAUCUCCCACCUGUCAUUGUCUGCAGUCAGUCCCGUGUCAAGGAGGACUCCGCCUCAGCACUCUGCAUGCUUCUCUGUCGCCUUGUCCACGUUUCACGCCUGGUUGAUGUGGAGAUGCAGUUUGGCUGGGAAAGGUCACGAUUUUCGCGCAUCACUCGGACAACAGCUUCAUUAAUCUGGAACCGCUGGAAGCACCUCUUGCGCUUCGAUCCCCACCGAUUGACCCCCGAGAAGCUGACUUAUUUUGCGACGGUCAUGCAGCAACGCGGAGCACCCCUUGACUGUGUUUCUGCUGUCAUUGAUGGGACGCUUCGCAAGAUUGCACGCCCAAUCACUAAUCAGCGACUGGUCUUCAAUGGCUGGAAGAGAAUACACUGCCUCAAAUACCACUCCCUCAUCACUCCCGAUGGCAUUGUUAUCCACAUUUAUGGCCCGGUUGAAGGCAGGCGGCACGACGAGACGGUUUACCAGCAGAGCGGCCUGAGUGCCCUCCUCGAGAAACAUUUUGUUAAACCGGAUGGCAGCCCACUGUUCAUCUAUGGUGAUCCGGCCUACACUGUCGCAGGCCGCGUCCUUGCCGGCUAUAAGGGUGCAGCUCUCAGCCCGGAGCAAAUUCAAUUCAACACCUUGAUGAGCCGCUGCCGAGAGCCAGUUGAAUGGAGUUUUAAGGAGGUGGUCCAACAAUUUCCGUUCUUGGACUUCUCCUGA